CGCUAGCUCUACAUUUCCCGUCAUGCCCUGCACUUGACGUCACUAGUGUAAGCCCGUGUGCAACAUGGCGUCCUCGGAAGAAGAACACGAUGUGGUUGAGAACGGAGAAGAGGAGCAGAAAACUUUCCGAGAGCUGGGAGUCACAGAUGUGUUAUGUGAAACCUGUGAGCAGCUGGGAUGGAAACAGCCAACCAAGAUUCAGAUUGAGGCAAUUCCUGUGGCCCUGCAAGGUCGAGAUAUAAUAGGACUUGCCGAGACUGGGUCAGGAAAAACAGGAGCCUUUGCUUUGCCAAUACUGCAGACUCUGCUAGAAAGUCCCCAGCGACUUUAUGCCUUGGUUCUCACUCCAACCAGAGAGCUGGCCUUCCAGAUCUCUGAGCAGUUUGAAGCUCUUGGUUCCACCAUUGGAGUUAAAAGUGCUGUUAUUGUUGGUGGCAUUGAUAUGAUGUCGCAAUCACUGGCACUGGCGAAGAAGCCACAUGUUGUCAUUGCCACCCCUGGGCGCCUAAUUGACCACCUAGAGAACACCAAAGGAUUUAAUCUUCGAGCUCUGAAGUAUCUAGUGAUGGAUGAGGCUGACCGUAUCCUCAACAUGGAUUUUGAGACAGAGGUGGACAAGAUACUUAAAGUUAUACCUCGAGACCGCAAAACAUUUCUAUUUUCUGCAACAAUGACCAAAAAGGUGCAAAAAUUACAACGAGCAGCUCUGAAAGACCCAGUAAAAUGUGCCGUCUCUUCCAAGUAUCAGACUGUGGAAAAGCUGCAGCAGUUUUAUGUUUUCAUUCCUUCAAAAUUCAAGGACAGCUAUUUAGUGUACAUCCUGAAUGAGCUGGCUGGGAAUUCCUUCAUGAUAUUCUGCAGUACCUGUAACAACACACAGCGAGUGGCCUUGCUACUGCGGAACCUGGGCUUCACUGCCAUUCCGCUGCAUGGGCAAAUGAGUCAGAACAAGCGGCUGGGUUCGCUAAAUAAAUUUAAGGCAAAGUCCCGAUCCAUCCUUCUUGCCACAGAUGUUGCUAGUCGUGGUCUUGACAUCCCUCAUGUAGAUGUUGUUAUAAACUUUGACAUCCCCACCCAUUCAAAGGAUUACAUACACAGAGUGGGAAGAACAGCACGAGCAGGGAGAUCUGGAAAAGCCAUCACUUUUGUUAGCCAGUAUGAUGUGGAGCUGUUUCAACGAAUCGAACACUUGAUUGGAAAGAAGCUUCCGGCAUUUCCUACGCAGGAAGAGGAAGUGAUGAUGCUGAAUGAAAGAGUUUCUGAGGCACAGAGAUUUGCACGAAUUGAACUCAGAGAACAUGGAGAAAAGAAAAGGCGCCCACGGGAUGAUGCGGAUGAUGAUAAAGAGGGGUCAUUAGGUGUAAGGAAAAAAGUCACAGGGGGCAAGUUCAAAAAGAAAAAAAUCCACUGAUAAAAAAAACUUUAAAGACUGUUCAGGAUUCCUGCUUUGUGGCUAAAAGAACAUUAAGGAUCAUGGACAUCCAAUCUAUACAUCUGCUAUCAUGGGUACAGCUUGUAACGCAGAUUACAUGUCCUGCACAGAGAGCUCAAGGACAGCCGCAUCCCAGUAUGCGCAGAGGAACUCCAAGCAAAAUUUUCUAUUAAUUCCAGAAUGAAUUGCUGUAACACCACUAGAAACUGGUUCCUGGUGCCUUCUUUGGACACUCUCAAACUGUUUCUUACCAAUAAUAAAAUAAGUUCUAUUUCUUAACUGCUGCAAAACUU